AGAGGGAGGAGGAGGAGCUCGCAGCUAAGAACAAAAAAAACGUGACAAGGCGCGCGCAGCUUCUCUUGGCUUGUUAUGCAACUACCGUGACCUACUAACACACAUCUGUGUGUGUGUGUGUGUGUGAGAGAGAGAGAGAGAGAGAGAUAGAUAGAUAGAUAGAUAGAUAUGAGCACGCCGGACAAGGAAGGAUUCACGAGACACCAUUCAGACCACAGCGCACGCGCACACACACUUAAACGGGAUACGCGUUUUGUUUAAGUGUUUAAAGAAAAGAAAGUGUGUGUGUGAGUGAAGGAGAGCGGUAGAGAGAGAGAGAAACAAAAAGAGGGGGAUACCGGAGGACAAAAACACACCUCCAUGCACUCAACCCGGAGCGCGAGACUACUCCAUUCCGAGGACAUCUGAGGGUCCAGGAGAACCACAGGGUUCCACCACACAGAGCAUCAGAGAACCCAGAGCUGGCAGGUGUGUGUUCAUUUCUCAUCUUUCAUCAUGCUUUACAGCUUCACAUCGAGACAGAUCACCACAAGCAGCUGACCACCAGAGCUUCUUCAGGUCAUAUUCUGUCUUCAAUGUCACAAAGAGCAGCUUCCGGAAGAGCACAAUGGAAAGUCGGAAUCCUGUCCAGACCCCCAACACAGACUCAGAUACGAUCGCAAAGGUAGAAAGCGAGAAUGUGGCGUCACCACAAAUCACCAGCAACGCACGCCAAGACCGAGUCUCCAAACCCAAACCCGGCGUGAGCUUCAGACGCAAGCGUGAGUUCAUUUCUGAGGAAAAUAAAGAUGCCUCAUACUGGGAAAAACGCCGCAAGAACAACGAAGCAGCCAAGCGCUCACGGGAGAAACGCAGACUCAACGACAUGGUGCUGGAGAACCGCGUGAUGGCGCUCAACGAGGAGAACCUUCGCUUGAAGACGGAGCUUCUGCAGCUAAAGCUCAGGUUCGGGCUCAUCAGCUCCGCAUCCUACCUGGAGAAGAGGCAACAAAUAGGCAGCGCCGCUGGAAACAAGCGCGUGUCCGAAGAGCCGCGUUUCCCCGUCGUCCUGAUGAGCUCGGAUUCGUCGGAGGCGGAGCAAAUAACUGUGAGCGAAGGUCAAGCGUCGUUACCCAAAUAUUCUUCCCGAGGAUCUCUGUCCGAUUUCUCGGACGGUUCGUCUCUGGACUGCAUCGAUCCGCAGAACGGGGAAACGAAGCGAGAAGGUGAGGACGUUCACGACGGCGUCGCGAGCCCACGUCACGGCCGAGCGCAGAAACACCACAGCGACGUGCGAGAACAUCACGGGUCUCAUCGGCCUGCUUCCAACCAGAGGAGUGUGAUUCUCUACAGCAGCAGCUCGUACGUCACCCGGAACCGAGCGGAUCUGAAGCGAACAGGAAGCGAUGAUCCACCAAGACCCUGCGCUUUAGAGACUCUCUCAGAAGUAGCUCAGCAGCUAGCGAGUGGAUCGCUGGACCGACCAAACUACCAACACACCAAAAGUGAAGCGGAUGUUCACUACACCAUUCAAGACCACCACCUACUGGACAAAUCCGAACCCCAGCACCCGAACAUCUACCUCGCUGACCCACCAGCGCUAACUGACGUAGGCGAUAUGAGUGACUGCAAUUUCUCCUGUUUCAGUAAGGACGCGUCCUCAAGUGACGGAGAUCCUCGAAGCUCAGACAAAGAAGUGUCCACUGAUGACGAGUCCCCGUCUUCUUCAUCCUCAGAAACCGGUCAGAGCUCACUCUCUGGUCAGAUCGGAGUUAAAACAACAGCGUUACCUCACAAGCUGAGGCUGAAACACCGAGCUGUAUCUCCAGAGGACUCCACCUCCAUCACUUCAGCCUCUUCAGAGCUUCUGCAGUAUGGACGAAACCUCGGUCAGAUCUCAGACGCUCCUGAACCUUCUCCAUGCAGAGGCAGCGUGAGGACAGGGUCAGGACCACGAGGAGGAAGGAAUCAGAAACGGGACUGAGAUGGUUCCUCUGUUUCAGAGCACAGAGGUCAUCUCCGCUGGUCCGCUCAUCAGCCUUCUACAUUACUAAUUUUUUCUAAAAACUCUUUAAAGACUUCUGUCUUCUGGAUUGGAGCUGAUGGAGAUCUGCUUCCUCGUGCUGUAGCCUGGAUUCUGUAGAAUUUACAAAAAGCAAAGCUAAAGUGCACUAAAGUCUUCAAAACCUUCCUAGCACUUCAUCUACUUCAGCACUUCAGGAUCACUUGCUCACCUUCACCCACGGCACCCAAGAGCAUCUUGGGAAAAAAUGUUGUGCAAGGAGACGAUCACCAGAAUUUCUCCAUUCAGGAAGAAAUGAUUCACACUGAGAUGAAGACCUGAUUCAGAUCAGAUCCUGCUCACCAUCUAUCAACACUAAGAGUCAGAUAUAACACUAACACAUUAUUACACACACACGCACAAACACGUGUGCACACAGAAUUAUUAGCACUUACUCACUUAAUAUUUUCCAAUAAUGUUAAAUGUGUGUGUGUGUGGUGUAUAUAUGAUCACGGCGUACGAGCGUUGUAAACAUUUCAUUCAUCUUCACUCCUCAUGAUUCUCCUGUUAUAUUGAUCACCACAGACAGACAUUUCUGGUCCUCUGUGACAAUUCUGGAGCAUUCUGCUCUGUAGAACACUGUAAUCAUCAUCAUCAUAUUUUAUAAAGAAAAAAAAACACUAAACUCUGCACUCUCGCCCUUUGCUCUGUACCUUAAAGGAGAAGUUCACUUCCAGAACAAAAAGCUACAGAAGAAAAGACAAGAUCUUGGAGGACAAGGGUGUGAGGAAAUGAUCUGCAGAUUUUUGUUCUGGAAAUGAACUUCUCCUUUAAUGCUGGAAAUCUGAUUGUGGGUCACAUCUAAUCCACUGACUGCUGGAUUUAUUUAUUUUUGCUCUUGUUUCAUUAUAAACACACUGUGUAUAUGGUGUUGGUAUUUGACCCGAGAGGUUCUCCUAGAACCCUGCCUCCUGAAACCUAAAACUGUGAAUGAGAAGAAGCCGUAGAAUCACGUUUACACGCUUUAAAGUAAAAGAAAAAAUAAACUGCAGCAGAUUUCUUCAGCAUCACUUCACCUGAAACACACAGCUUCAGGACAGGAUCCACACCUGAGCUUUCCAUAACAACAGCGCACACACACACCCCACUGACCAUAAACACAUUAAUAACGUGUGUAAUGGCUGACCCUGGAGGAGAUGUUUUAUUUAAUAUUUAUGGAAGGAGUCUCCAGUGUCAGUGCUCUAUAACAGGUGAAGCUGGAACGUCUUUAGGACAGGAGUUUACACUUACUCUAAAUCUUUUACACCUGACUGAAAUAAACACUGCACUGUUUCCUUUCAUUUCUUGGGUGAUGAGGCAGAGAGGAGUGAUGAGAGACAGAUGGACACGAGGACGUCCAGCUCAUGUGUCCUGAUGCUUCACUACCUCUUUAAACUCACACUGAUGUGUUUAAAGUGUAUUUUAUCCGCUUUAUAUCCAGCUUAGAGCUGAUAAAAUACAACACUCUGAAUGCUGCAUUAGACUAGAGACAGGAGCAACACCAGCACACACACACACACACAGAGAACUGGUCAGCGUGUUGUGUGUGCCCUAUGUAAACAAAAACACUCCUCAGUGAUGCAGGGUUUUUAAUCAGAUUUAUUGUGACUUUUUAAUGUUAUGUAUUUUUUUUAUUGUUCUAUAUUUCUCACAGGUGAUGUGUCGUGGUUCACUGCUCUGUCUUUAAAAGAAUUGUAAGAAAAUUAAACUGUUGGGUUUAAACGUGUCUAAUGUGGUUAUACUCCACACACACACACCUCUCAGGUUGCUGACCACAAGGCGCCCCCUGGUGGCUCGGGGACAUUUCACACAUGCGCAUUAUAAACACACAAAAUCAUGAGAAACUGCUCAGAUUGUUAGAGCUCAUGUUAAUCUCACAAACUACUAACUAAAACUACUACAAAUUAAUUUUAAAUAAUUUUAACUCGUAUGAUUUAUGUAAGUAUAUUCAUGCAGUGACUGAUUUAAGCCAGCAGGUGGCAAUAAACUACACGCUCCUCAGUGACAUUUGUUCUAAAGCAGUUUACUAUGAACACACACACGCCUAAAAAAUGAACAUCUUGAAAUUAGCUCUGUAUUAUAAUUAUUAUACAUGAUAAAUUAUUCAGAUAUUU